CGGCAGCCCACCGGGCACACGCAGGGCGGGAGGCCAAGCACUGUUCGCUGGGCAGGCUGCUGCGAGGGAUGGGCGCCUCUGGGCGCGUGCAGAGGGCCGGACAGGGUUCGGUCGCCAGGCCAGUGGCCGGAGCGGGGCCGAAGGAGUCUGUGGAUGGGUCAGCCAGGCGACCAGCAGCGAGCCCCGGCCCAGAUCGGGCGGCUAGGUGACGGAGCUCCGGCCUGGGUGCCGAGAUCGCCUCCCCCGGCCACUCUCCGGGACGGGCCGUGAUCCCUCCCGCAGCUGCAGCCUGGGGUCAUGCUGGCAUUCCUACCCUGCGGGGCUGUUGUACGGAUGGCGAACAGCGCCUGUGGGCGAAGCACUGCUGCUGCUGCUUGGGAGCUGCUGUGAUGGAGCCACGCAGCAGGCGCCGAAGAAGAAACCGGGGGAGAAGAAGAAGGGGGGCGGCAAAGGGGCCAAGAAGGGCUCCCCGGUGGUGGACGCCCUGCCCCCCGAGGGCAUGACCAAGGAGCAGUUGGAGGAGCACAUCGUGCGCCUCCGGGAGGAGCUGGACCGUGAGCGGGAGGAGCGCAACUACUUCCAGCUGGAGAGGGACAAGAUCCACACCUUCUGGGAGAUCACGCGGCGGCAGCUCGAUGAGAAGAAGGCGGAGCUGCGCAACAAGGACCGGGAGAUGGAGGAGGCCGAAGAGCGGCACCAAGUGGAAAUCAAAGUUUACAAGCAGAAAGUGAAGCACCUGCUGUACGAGCACCAGAACAGCCUGACGGAGCUGAAGGCGGAGGGCACCGUGGCCAUGAAGCUGGCCCAGAAGGACCACCGCACCCAGGAGAUGGACAUGCGCAAGGACAUGCGCACCCUGAAGGUGGAGCUGAAGGAGCAGGAGCUGGCCAACGAGAUGGUGGUCAAGAACCUGCGGCUGAAACAACAAGAGGACCUGACUGCUCUGCGCUGUGACUUUGAGAGGCAAGUGAAAGAGAUCGAGGCCAAGUACGAAAAGAAGAUGCGGGUGCUGCGCGAUGAGCUGGACCUGCGCCGGAAGACGGAGAUCCACGAGAUCGAGGAGAGGAAGAACGGGCAGAUCAACACCUUGAUGAAGAACCACGAGAAAGCCUUCAGCGACAUCAAGAACUAUUACAACGACGUCACCCUCAACAAUCUGGCACUCAUCAACACUCUCAAGGAGCAGAUGGAGGAGAUGAAGAAGAAGGAGGACCACCUGGAAAAGGAAAUGGCCGAGGUGCUGCUGCAGAACAAACGGCUGACGGAGCCGCUGCAGCGAGCCCGAGAGGAGGUGGCCGAGCUGCAGAAGAAGCUGUCCCACUACGAGAAGGACAAGGUCUCUCUGGCGAGCACGCUGGCCCGCCUGAAAGUCACCCAGAAGGAACUGAAGGACCUCCAGUGGGAACACGAAGUCCUGGAGCAGAGAUUCGGCACGGUGCAAGCGGAGCGAGACGAGCUGUACCAGAAGUUCACCAAAGCCAUUAACGAGGUGCAGCAGAAAACGGGCUUCAAGAACCUGCUGCUGGAGCGGAAGCUGCAGGGCCUCUCCAACAUGCUGGAGAAGAAGGAGGUGCAGCUCAACGAGGUGCUGGCCGCCGCCAACCUGGACCCCAUCGCCCUGACGGUGGUCACUCGCAAGCUGGAGGAUGUCCUGGAUUCUAAAAACAAUGCUAUCAAGGACUUGCAGUAUGAGUUAGCCAGAGUGUGCAAGGCACACAACGACUUGCUGCGGACCUACGAGGCCAAGCUGGCGGCUUUUGGGAUCCCCUUGGACAAUCUGGGCUUCAAGCCCCUGGAGACCUCCGUGGUCGGCCACAUUCUGGGCCACGGCCCAGCGGGACUUGUCUCAACCCCCACCUAGAAGAGCCGGGUGUUUCUCCCCCGCACCAGAAGGCCUCUGGCCCGAAUCCUGCGUGUCCUCCCUUCCGGAGGCUGCUUUGCUCUCUGGCUGUGGUGCUGGAGGGGAACACAGAGCGGCCCCUUGGCCUGGGCCAGCCCAGCUGGCUUUCCUUUUCAUUAAAGGGACCCUGCGAGGGUGUUUCGUA